AUGUCCGCUCCAAUUAACAAGGAAAAAGUUGAACAAGAACAAGAACAAAUCCACAAGAUUAGAAUUACUUUAACCUCUACCAAGGUUAAGCAAUUAGAAAAUGUUUCUGCCAACAUCAUCAAGAAUGCUAAGCAAAAUGACAUUGUCAAGAAGGGUCCAGUUAGAAUGCCAACUAAAGUCUUAAAGAUUACCACCAGAAAGACUCCAAAUGGUGAAGGUUCUAAGACCUGGGAUACUUUUGAAAUGAGAAUCCACAAGAGAGUUAUUGACUUACAAGCCCCAGCUGCUACCGUUAAGAAAAUUACUCAAAUCACUAUCGAACCAGGUGUGGAUGUCGAAGUCACCAUUGCUGCUUAA